GUUGUUUGCAGUUAUUAACGCGCAGUUAUCAGCGAUCACAUUGAGAAUGAAACGAAUGAUGGGAAUGACCCAAUUUCUGUGCUUGGCCGCCAUUGUUGUGCUCGGCCUCGCACAGCUGGCUCAGGCGGUGACCACGGCCAAGCCCCAGCCGCUGGCACAGGCCCAGCCACAGGCGGCCGGCCCCACUAGCACCACCUCAGCCAGGCCAAUUGCCAAGCAGCAGCCAACGCAGCCACAACGCAAACAAGAUGCGAAGUGCCUGCAGCCCCUGGAAACGGGUCCUUGUCGCAUGAGCCUGGAGCGCUAUUACUACAAUAAGGAGAAGAACAGCUGUGAGACAUUCAAAUACGGCGGCUGCAGGGGCAACGACAAUCGCUGGGGCUUCCGACAGACCUGCGAGGAGGCGUGCCUGGUCAAGAAGUGACUCAAGUUCUAUGAAUCAACAAUAGCGUCACAGUCUGUGCAUACCAAAUAAAAGAUCCAUCUAACGUU